AUGGAGGAUCUCCCGGAGGAACUGUUUGCAGAGUUCCUCAAAAGGAUCAUCAUGGCAAGUGAUUUGAAUUCUCUUUCCCUUGUGUUGAAGCGGCUCUACAGGAUUGAGGAAGAUCAGAGGGGUGCUAUCCAUGUUGGAUGUGGCCUUUGCCCUGCUACAGAAGCCUUGACAUUGCUGUGCACCCGAUUCCCUAAUUUGUGUAAAGUGGAAAUCGACUACUCCGGUUGGACGGCAGGCCAUGGCAAUCCGUUGGACAACCAAGGCCUCUCUGUGUUAUCAUCUCACUGCCCCUCUCUGGCUAGUCUCGGUUUAAGCUUUUGCUCAUACAUCGAUGACUCCGGUCUUGGUUAUCUAGCCUGUUCCAAGAAACUAGCGUCCCUCAGGUUGACGUCCACACCAAACAUAACUUCAAGAGGGCUUCUCACUGUGUCUGUUCAUUGCCAGAGUCUUUCUGCUCUUCACAUUAUUGACUGCAACAAAGUAGGUAGCAAAGAUUGGUUGGAGUACCUUGGCUCUGUAGGAUCAUUGGAGGAGCUUGUAGUAAAGAAUUGCGAGGGCAUCAGCCAGGAUGACCUCCUGAAGUUUGGCUCGGGAUGGAUAAAUCUACCGAAGUUUGUGUUUGAAAUCAAGAAAAUAUUCUUUCGUAAUAGGUGGGCUGGUCCUAAUGGGGGCUAUGAUCCCUCAUACGACCCUCAUAGCCUGAAUAUGUAUGAUUCCAGUUGUGAGAACAUGAAGGACUUGAAGUUGGGAUCUAUUGAAAUUGCGACAGGAAAAGGACUUCGUUUUCUCCUUGGGAGGUGCAAAGCACUGGAGAAGCUUUGCUUGGAGUAUGUUUGGGGUCUAAAUGACAACGAUAUGAUUGCAUUAUCCCAGAGCUGCAACAACCUUAAAAGCAUCUCACUUUCGCUGGAUCCUUAG